UUGCAUAUUACUAGAAUGGCAACAAUAUGAAAUGUUGUUGUUGACUUUCAUUUUAUGUUUACAUUUUGGAUUGGAAUUUUAAAAAAGAAAAACUCAGAAGAGAAAACAAACUAUUUAUCAAUAGUAACUUCUAUAUUUGAAAAAAAAUGCCGUAUUACAUGCAUGAGUUAAAUCCGGAUUAUAAUCCUGCCACUCAUAUUCUUCGUAAUAUGUCAACAACUGAACUUCAAAUGAUGUUGAAUGAAAAUGAAUUGAUCGAAACAUUAGUUCAAGAAUUGGCGCAGGUUAAAUCAGCUGAAUCUGAGAGGACUGCUAUGUUAGAAAGCAACAAGAAUCUUGCAGAAUCCAAUCUUUCGAAAGAACCACUUCUAAAUGAACUAAGAGUAAAAGUUAUGGAACAACAUGAGGAGUUGAAGGAACUAAAACAAACUUUAGAAGUCAAAAAACAAAAGCUGGAUGAACUGACUAGGCAAAUGUCGUUAGACACAACUUUAGCACUGCUGCAAGCAUCUGCUGCUGAAGCAGAAGAAGAAAGUGAAGCAUAUGCUGAAAAUUUUCUAUCUGGAGAAAUUGAAAUUGAGUCAUUUUUAGAAUCUUACUUAAACAAAAGAAAACUGAGCCACUUAAGGCGUGUCAAAUCAGAGAAGAUGACUGAACUUUUACGUCAGACUGGUUCUAGCUUAAAUCUCACUCCACCCAGCUCUCGAGCGUCAUCGUCAUCAGUCAAUAAACCCCCAUAUCCUGAAGUAUAUGGGCCACCAUAUCGACCAGGUGGAUUUAUGCCAUUUCCUCCUUUAAUGCCUGGAGCAGGAUCAUUUUAUCCUAAUAUUUAGUUCAAUUUGCACAGAAAGAGUUAUGAAUUAUAAAACUAGAAAUAAUUAAUUUUUAGAUCAUGUUAUAAAUACUUAUAUUUAUUGAGUUUAUUUUGUUGUAAAUAAUGCAUUUCCCAAUGUGUGUUUGUCAAAUACAAAAACAACCACAAAGUAAUAUCAAUUAAAGGCUGUUGUUCUUUAGUAAGUAA